AUGGUCCAGGGAAGGAGUCCAAAAAUGAGGAUGGAUGAGAUGUGUGAAGUGAACGUGGUGGAUUUCUGCGGCCAGACGAUCCGGGGCGACGGCAUGAUCGUCAACUCGCACCAGGACUCCAAGAAGUACUACUUUGUGACCAUGGGGACGGACUGCCACCUCACCAUGCAGGCCAGCUCCCCCAAGGACAAGGUCCAGUUCCACUUCCGCUUCUUCCUGGUCUACAGCUUGCUGCGCAUGGCACCGCUGAGCCCCGCCCCCCUCUUCCCCGAGUCCCCUCGCGGCUCCGCCCCUCUCAACCCGCGGCUGGAGCCCACGCCCGGCGAGGGCCCCGGGGACCCGUGUCACGCCGGCUCCUACAUCCAGUUCUACGACGGACGGGACAGGAACUCGCCGCCCAUCGGGCCGCCGCUGUGUGGGAAGAGCCCGCCCCGGCCGGUGCUGUCGACGGGGAACUACCUGACCCUGCGGCUGGUGACCCGGGGCACGCAGCCCAGAGUCGACUUUGUGGGGGACUUCACCUCCUUCAGGCUGGGUUUCAACCAAUCCGAGUGCAGCGGCGAGCCCUACUUCACCUGCAGGAAUGGGAAGUGCAUCCCUCUGAGUCUGGUGUGCGACGACAAGGGCAUCGACAACUGUGGUGACGGCAGCGACUUGGAGGAAAACCUGACCACCGGCUGCAACGCGGGUGAGAUUUUGCCGCCUCAGCCUCCACCGCCAAUCGCGACCCCACCUCCACCUUUCGUGAAUCCGCCCACGGUGCCGAUUUCUACGCUUAUGAACUGCGGCACACCAAACAGCGCAUCCAAUCAAGAGUCAAUACCAGACUCGCCGGGCUCCGUGUCCCUGCUGACGCUCUACAUCAUCCUGGGCGUGGCGGCGGGCAGCGUGGUGUUCUGCUGGUGCUGCUGGUCGCCCGGCUGGUUCCUGUGGCGGCUCAGCGUCUGCCGCUUCCUGCCCUGCUGCAACUCGGCCUGCGCCUCCUGCCAGCUUUGCACCCGCAGCUGCACCCACAGCAAGGAGCACCGGCCGGCUAAGGUCACCCCGCACACCCCGGGCGGCGGCGGGGCCCCGGCGGGCGGCGUGCCCGGCGCCGACAGCACUGAGGAGAACGUCACCACUGCGGCGGUUUAG